AUGCUGCGCGCAUGCGACACGCCCGCACCCUUCUGUGAUCCUAGUAGCUCUGCUCGUAAACACGCGAAAUAUUAUCGCUAUAAAUUUAACAAAAUAUUUACAAAUGAUAUAGACGAAAUGGUCGCGAUACUAGCCAAUCCCAAGUGGAGCGAGGAUCUCACCAUCCAGAUGAUAAUCGAGUACGAGAAGCGCGAGUACCUCUGGAAUCCUGUGUCGGAAAACUACAAGAACAAGAAAGUACGCGAACAGGGAUACGUCGAGAUAAUAAAAACGCUAAAUCUAGUGGAUAUAACGGUUAAGGAACUGAAAAAUAAGAUAAAGAAUAUACGAUCGUCGUACUGCGUCGAGUUUAAGAAAAUUCGCGCGGCUAGAAAAGCGGGCGCGCAUGCGUACCGGCCGAGCGUCACGUGGUUCGAGCACGCAGACAGGUUUCUGCGGGCGAUCGUCACUCCGAGCUCCGUGGACAACAGCCUACUCGAAAUAUCGAUGAGCGACGACAGCGACACCGUUCAGGAUCUGAGCGAACGAAAAUCACCCGAAAAGAAAUGUCCUCGAAAACGUCGUAGUUCAACUAGAUUGUCGACUCCUUACGUUUUGAACACGCCGUCCCCUCGCCCGAGUACGCCCUUCGGGCUCAAUCAAACUUCGUCCCCGUUCGGGAUCCUGCCGACCUCGACGUCCGCUCCAUUUCUUAAUCCCCCUGUCGGUAUAGCAACGCCGCUAACUACAUCACUCGCAACGAUUUAUCCCGCGCCGGCGAAACAAAAAAAGAGUAAUUUCGACGACCGUAGCGACCAGUCGGAAACAGCGCAGGAUUUGAGUCAGCAUUCGGAGAACGGGAACGAGAAUGAAUUCGAAAUGUUCGGUAAAUUGAUUGCGAGCCAGCUUCGUAAAUUACCUCUGAGCUUGACCCUGGAUCAUGAAUCGAAGCUGCAAUCGCUGUCAAUCAGAUAUUGUUUUGACUGA